UUGACAGAUGAAAAUGGACAGAAAUUAUCGAAGACAGCCUGGCAAUUUAUGCAACAAAAACAAGGCCGAUGCACGAAGAAAACAAAUGAGAGCUGAGGCGAUUGAUGUUUAAACCUAGAUGUUUCUUACACUUGAAGAUCUCAAAGCAAGUACCAUUCUUGCUGUACCCAAAACUAUAUCAGGAACAUGAAUUACCUUUAUUCAAACCUAUCAAUACCAUCUCCACAGUAUCCGGCCAUUCCCAAAACAAACGUACAGGAAUGGGAGUAUGUCAUGAGAAGAGAAAUGCAGGAGAUCUUACCAAGUAUCUUUCUGGGCCCAUAUGCUGCUGCCACCAAGAACAAGCGUACACAGUUGUCCCAGUUUGGUAUAUCUCACAUCAUUUGUAUCAGACACCAUGCAGAGGCUAACUAUAUCAAACCGAAUUUCCCAGACCAAUUCAGGUACUUAGUGUUAGAAAUUGCAGACAGCCAUACUGAGAACAUCAUUCGAUUUUUUCCAGAGGUUAAAGAAUUCAUUGAUAAUUGUUUGGAAGGUAAUGGCAAGUGCUUAGUCCAUGGGAAUGCUGGGAUAUCUAGAAGUGCAGCAUUAGUGAUAGCAUACAUAAUGGAGACCUAUGGAUUAGAUUACAGUGAUGCUUUUAGGUAUGUUGGCAACAGGCGAUUUUGUAUAAUACCUAAUGAAGGCUUUCAGCAGCAAUUAAUCGAAUAUGAACCUAUUUGUAAAGCCAGAGCCCAACUAGCAAAGAGAGAUAUCGAAAAACAGGAUUCGCAUAUCACAGGUUUGAAGCGAAGACUAGAUGAUGAUGAUGAUGACGAUAAGGGACAUAUGGCUCAUACAUCAAGUGCAUCAUUAAACGACAUGAUGAUAGCGCCCUCAUGAUGGAGGUAGAUGCCCAGUAAUAUGAUGCUAAAGUUUACUACAUGCCUUGUUUUUCUACAGAAAUGAUAGAGAGGAUGGAUGUAUUAAAGAAAUUGGCUUUUGGACAUGUUGUUUUCCUCGCACACUUUAAUAAUAUUAAUAAUAGCAGAAAUUUAUAGCACUGCAUUUAAAAUAUGGCACCAACGGUGAUUCUGAUUGCAUUGAUUUUAUGAUUAAUCUAGUUUUCAGACUUGAAUGAAAUUUAUUAGGAGACUGUUAAGUAGAAAUAGGUUAUUCCAAAGAUAGGGGUCUGAACAGAAACAGAAUGUUCAUCAUAAGCUUUAAGAUUAUUUCUGAGAGAUGGUUGCUAGUAGGCAGAUUUCAGGGGCGGAUCCAGAGAUGUCCAAAAGAGGGCUAGAAGUAGGGCCGAUUGAGAUGAUAUUAUCCAAGGGGGUCCGGAGGAUGCCCCGCGAAAUUUAUGUGUUCUAGAUUUUGUGUUUUGGUCUAUUUUCGAUCUGUUUUUUUUUCUUUUUCUUUCUUUUUUUUCCUUUUUUUUUAACUUUCCAAAAGGGGCCCCCUAAAUCCAUUUCUCGAUUCAAGGAGGUAAAUUGGAGCAAAAAAGAAAAUUAUAUUCAAAUUUAAGUCUGAGAGGCAAUUUUCGACCAUCCAUAGGUGCUCCCUGGGCCAUCUAUUUUUUGAACUUCUGGAUCAGUUACUGUACUGUUAUUUUUCCUUUAGCCACCAGCUUUUGAAAGCACAUUGCCAUCACUAACGAAUACUUAUGUAUCAGUUGAUAUUACCACACUAAUACCGGGAGAGGUAAUAAGAACAUACAGUACCAGCUAAACAUGGUUUGCUGGCCGAACAAAGUGCAAGGGGCAGGCGAGCAUAAGGGAUUAGAUACUGCAAAAAAAUAUGAUGGGUCAUUUAACAAAUUGUUGUAAUUGAUGUAAUAGUGAUACCAAUGUUGAAUAGUGUAAAACAUGAGCAUCAAAUUUCAAGGAUCUUAUAAAUGUUGCUGUGCAAUUUACUGUCAAAUUAUUAUAUGGGUUGUGGCUAGUGUUGAAAAUCACAACUGAGGAUUUUAAGGAAAGGGAAUUAAAAACUAAUACAGUAUAUAUAUCAAAUGUAAUCCAUUUUUUUAACAAAGAGUCAAUGAAGUUCAGUAAGGAUAGGGGGUAAUAUGUUUCCAGGAGUGAGGGAACAAAUUCUGCAGUCAAAAUAAAAAAAAGGGUUUUGUAGAAUAUAGUGAGAGAAAUGAUGAACAUUGUUUUCAGAUAGUGGUAGAGAUUUUCUUGCUGAGAUAUUCUACAUAUGAGUUUUUAAUUAAAAAAAUGUUUUUUACUUACUUGAUACUUCUUGUCGAGUUGAAGGGCCUUCAACUUCUUUUUUUAAUAUAUUAUCUUUUAAAAAUUUGUAUUAUCCCCUAAGUUCUUAUUGAUUCAACAUAAAAAAAAAUAUUUCUAAUAUCAAACUUCACUUGUUUAUGAUAAAUCUCCAACAGUACUAGGACAAUUUUAAUUGAAUUCUUUAAUUCUUUAAUGAAAAGAUAGAAGGAAGUAAAUGUUAAAAAAUAAAAUAUUAAAUAUUGAUAUAAUAUCGAUUAUGAAUUGUUUACAUUAAUACAAAACAAAUUUUGUAAGAAACAAAUUGUACAUUUAGGACCAUAAUUAUUAAUAUAUAAUUACCAGAAUGAAGAGUAUCGUAUCUCUAUACUAAGAGCCCAAAAUUGACUUUUGUCUGGAAAACAAGACAAAAUAUGCUUAUGUUAUAUUAUUAAUUUUAAUGACUAAUGCAGUGAUUUAUUGAUUGAUUGAUUGAUUGUUGAAGAUAUGCAUGCAACAAUUCAAUAUUACUGUACAGUAUAUUGGAUUUUUGGGGUGUUCGGUCAUUUUUAAAAUACCAAUAUUAAAUUUUGAUAUUAUUCAUUGCUAGUGGCGUUACUAGGGACGGUGAGUGGGUGCUUACUGUGCCUGAGCACCUCCUUUUUGUUCAGUCGUUAAAAAGAUUAUUAAAUUAAUAAAGUAAGUUACUUCAGACAUUAAAAGCCAACUUAUGUUGCAGUCAUAGGCAUCUAUGUGCCCCGUCCUUAUUUUGCACCAUAUGUUCAGUAGAUUCAGGCCUAGUUCUGACAAGGUGGAUAAACCCGGCUCAAUUCACCGGGUUUAUCCACCUGCCAGUCUGAACUAGGUGGCUUAUCUCAACCCGGGCUGUGUUCCUAUAGUAACUAGGCCUGGUGCGCCACCGUGUUUAACUUUUCUAAGCAAGGCUUUAAUCGUUGCGGGGGGUUCUUGCAUUGACUUCGGGUGACAAAAUGACCAAUCAGCAUUCAAUUACGUACGCUGCGAGCUAGCGUACGUUUUGCAAGCGAUGUUUUGAAACACGUUUCCUGGUUACGGUUCAUUAUUAUGCAAAUUCUUGCCUGGCUAAACCCAGUUAAAGUUUGAGCUGGGCUUAACUCAAGCCUGGUUUAUCUCCAAGUCUGAACGUAGCCAUAAUAUUUCUAUUAUGCACCCCUCCUUUAAAAAUCCUGGAUAUGCCACUGAUUGGGUCUACUGUAGAUGUUUUUUUUUAUGAUACACUAUUUAAUUUCUAGAUUACAGUAUUCAUAUUUGCAGUGUUUUUUGCUAGAUGGAUUUGAAUUUUGAACAAGAGCUUUGUAAUUUAAUAGUUACAAAUUAGAUGUAAUAUAUUAUUUGUUUUCCAACAGUAUGAACAUGGAUUAAUAGGUCUGUGGUACGAACACUAAAUAUAUUAGAAAUGAUUAUAUUCCUCAUAUCUGUUUUUAGGAUUGUCUUGUUUCCUUAUGAAAAUCUAAAUGAAAUGCUUUAAUAAUUCAUCAUUUGUGACCAAUUUCAUGAUUUCCAAAGAAAAGGGAUAGUGUUGAUUGAAAGAUGAAUUAGUGAUGAGUGCAAUAAAAGCUAUUAAAACAUAUA